AUGAUGGAUUUUGAUGAGCGUGUUCCUUGUUCCUCUAACAUGUAUUUGCCAAGUUGUACGUACUACGUCUCGGGUCCUGAUUUCUCCAGCCUCCCUUCUUUUCUGCCCCAGACCCCGUCUUCUCGCCCUAUGACAUACUCCUACUCCUCCAACCUGCCCCAGGUCCAACCCGUGAGAGAAGUGACCUUCAGGGAAUAUGCCAUUGAUCCCUCCAGUAAAUGGCACCCCCGGAACAACCUGCCCCACUGCUACUCCGCAGAGGAGAUCAUGCACAGAGACUGCUUGCCUUCCACCACCACCGCCAGCAUGGGCGAGGUGUUCGGCAAAAGCACCGCGAACGUCUACCACCACCCCAGCGCCAACGUCUCCUCCAAUUUCUAUAGCACGGUGGGCAGGAACGGGGUCCUGCCGCAGGCUUUCGACCAGUUUUUCGAGACGGCGUACGGCACGGCGGAGAACCCGUCCUCCGCGGACUAUCCGCCGGACAAGAGCGGCGAGAAGGCGCCCACGGCCGCCGGGGCGACGGCGGCAACUUCAAGUUCGGAGGGCGGCUGCGGCGGGGCGGCGGCGGCGGGGAAGGAGAGGCGGAGGCGGCCGGAGAGCGGCAGCAGCCCCGAGUCAUCUUCCGGCAACAAUGAGGAGAAAUCCGGCAGCUCCAGUGGACAACGGACCCGUAAAAAGAGAUGCCCCUACACCAAAUAUCAGAUUAGAGAGCUAGAAAGGGAAUUCUUCUUCAGUGUCUACAUAAACAAAGAGAAACGCCUCCAGCUCUCCCGAAUGCUCAAUCUGACCGACCGCCAAGUAAAAAUAUGGUUUCAAAACAGAAGAAUGAAAGAAAAAAAAAUUAACAGGGACCGAUUACAAUAUUACUCAGCUAAUCCACUACUCUAAAACUCGUAGCGUUUUUCAAGACGAGAUUAAAUUCAGAUUUUGCCCUUGACAAGGUCAAGCCACGAGGUUACGUGGAGGAAGGAGGUGUGUAUCUGACGGGACUCGAAGAAACCGAGGUUUUCCAUACAUGUAAAUCUGCUCUGGACCUUCCAUGACGGUUUAUUGUUUUGUCUAUAUAUUUACGUUCCAACUGGAAUCGGUUUGAUUUUGCCACACGUGGCGUCCAUCCAUUUCCACCGCGCGCGUCACCU